CCAUUCCCUGUGCAUCCCGUUCCGCUUUGUGCACGACUCUCACUAAUAGUGCUUGGAGUUGGCAGUGGGCUUCAAAUUUCUAGGUCAGACCAACAAUGCUGUUUCUGUAUGCACAGCUGGGGGCGCCCAUAUCGACAGAGCUCCUUCCUGAGGCGACCACAAGACUUUAAAAGUUGUUCCGCGAGCGGCGUGGGCCAUCCGCUUUGAGUGCAGUGUCAAAGUAAGUUCGAUGCGUGCACCGUCACCAACAACAAAGGGCAACAGGCCAGCUUGGUGGCCCGUGUGACAUGCAUCAUGGCUACAUUUGCACCUCGUUUAGAUGCAAGGAUGCUACGUCUGGUGAUUUUGUGGGGUUUUAGCUUCAUCUGCGGAGUGCAGUCAGCCACCAUGGAGGAUGUUGGCAACCUGGUGGCUGGUCCUCUCUGGAACCAGACCAGGCUCAGUCUGCACUUUAGGGGCCUAUCCGGCCCCAUCCCUCGAGAGCUUGGCAGCCUGACUAACCUCACCUACCUGGACCUCUCCCUCAACAGCCUCUCUGGCCCCAUUCCCCCGGAGCUCGGCAGCCUGACCAACCUCACCUACCUGGACCUCUCCCUCAACAGCCUCUCUGGCCCCAUUCCCCCGGAGCUCGGCAGCCUGACCAAACUUUCCAUCUUGGCCCUCGGAUAUAACGACCUCUUCGGCCUCAUCCCCCUAGAGCUCGACCGCCUCGCCAGCCUUCAAUACCUCAACCUCACGAGCAACAACCUCUCUGGCCCCAUCCCCUCCAAGCUCAGCGGCCUGACCGGGCUCCAAAAGCUCGACCUCUCCUUCAACAACCAUAUUUCCGGCCCCAUCCCCCCCGAGCUCGGCGGCCUGACCGGGCUCCAAAAGCUCGACCUCUCCUUCAACAACCUUUCCGGCCCGAUCCCCACAGAGCUCGGCAGCCUGACCGACAUCGAAACCCUCAACCUCAGUUCCACGGACACGUCUUGCGAAAUGCUCGACUUGUCGCGUAUGACGAGGAUUCAAAAGUUGGGCCUUCCUUGCUCUCCACCCCUCUCUUUCAAGGAAACCAAUCUUUCCUACUUAGCACUGACCGUUAACACCCAAUCCAGCCCCGCCAAAUACCUGGACCUGUCGGCGGUGCCAGACUCCUGCAAGAUCGUCAACCUGACGGGCCUGCACCCCAACCUCGAGCGUGUCCGGUUCUGGGGAGCUUGCAACGAGGGCUGCGUGGUGAAUUUGGCAGGCACGGGGGCUAGAUUGGAUCGCAGCACCCGCGGGAAGGUGUGCUUGAGUCGGAUAUCGGUCUUUCUCUCGGGGGACAUUCCCUUCCCGCUGUACGAUCGGGGGAAGUUUUUAGGCAUUCUCCAAAAUCAGCGCGGGAACUAUAGUUUGGAUGACCCCAACUUCGUGGAUCUGAUCGACCUGGGGCGCGACGGGAGGGCGUACACGGGGGUGGGGUUCUCGAGGGUCCAAGCGGGCAAUCUAUGCGGUAAUCCCGAGGCGAAGGGGGUCACGGCGCUCGUCUUUGGUGUCUUCACCGUCCUCUUGCUGGUGGGGACCAUCUCCGUCGUCGUGGUGGCCCCCUGGCGCCGUCGGAUCCGGGGAAGCGGUCUCGAGGAGGACGGGGCCGUUAAGAGUGGCUUACGGCGUGGUGGGCUCUACCUUUGGGGAGUAGCGCUGGGCGUUCUACCCGUGGUGGACGUCGUCACCGACUUUCUAGUCCUGAGCGAGGUCUGGGGCGCGUGGCCGAUGUGGGUGGUAUUGGCAUCGGUCUGUGCGCCGUUCGUAUGGGCGUCCUACGCGGUGGCUGAGUCCUGGUCGUCGACCAAGAUCUCAGUGCGCGGUUUGAAGGGGUUGCGGGUGAGGUGGAUGUGGCCCCUGCCAGACAUGGGCGCUCAGCAGCGGAGGGCGAACGCGUUGUCCUUGCGCGCUGGUGUUUUGGCAGUCCUGCUGCUUCCCCUGGGACUCCUGGGUGUGCUCGUCCAGGACCUGCUGUCGGUGGCGGAGAGGUUCGGGCUUCAUCUGGCAUCGGGGGAUGAGAUCGUCGUUUUCGAGCGCUACCAUGAGUCUCGGGUGGUGGUCGAAGUGCUUCUAGAGUCUCUGCCCCAAGCCAUCUUCCAGACCGGACUCUACCUGAUCGGGAGCUCGAGGGCGACCCGCAUCUACAUCGACCAGCGCAUCUUCGUGCAGUCGAUCGUUGUUUCGUUGUGUAGUCUCUUGAUGCAUUACUGCACUAUGCUGUGGGAGGCAGUAUACGAGGGCAAGUCGAUCGUUAGGGUAUUCCUGGACCGAUUCAGGGGUGCGGGGCAGCCGAUCUCCGUGGCGCUGACCACCGGGCCCAGCGGGGAUGAAGAGGUGGAAGUAGUGAGUCUCAAGGCGGCUGGUUGACACAAGGCUCAGAGGGUCGAUUAGAAGGUCGCAAGAGAAGUGUUUUGGGUUAUCGAUUAUGUAUGGGUAGUCACGCCCCCCGACGCGACCGUGGAAAAUUGCAUACGCUGUGACUCGGUGAUUCUAGAUUGGAAAGGUCUCUUGGCAUGUCUGACAAACUCACCUUGGCGUUUGACAAGCACUCAUGUCAGCUCUCUGAUUGUAUUAACCUACAGCCUAACCACGGCCAUUCUAGAAAUGACAGAAGAUUCCGAUGCAGUCUGGUUCUGUUCGCCUUUCCCGAGUUAGUUAUGUUGCG